AUGUACUUUGACGAUUCUGACUUUAUAGAUAUUUGCCACUGUACAAACGUUAGAUUCCUUCAGGAGAAAGGCAAGCCUAUGAACUUGACAGCCGAAGAAGUGAGACAUUUUUUUGGUUUUUCAGUUUUGAUCUCUUGUCUUAAGUAUCCCCAAAUUAAAAUGUAUUGGGCUAAAACGACGAAGGUUAAUAGUAUUGCUAAUUUGAUGACACGUGACAGAUAUUUCCAAAUUAGGAGUAUCUUGAAAGUAGUAAUCGAUGCUGAUGUUCCGGAAAAUGAGAAAAAGGCUGAUAAGCUCUUCAAAAUUCGUCCUCUGAUUGAUCGGAUUAAAAAAGGUUGCAAAUCACUCCCACGAUGUCAGGAGGUUGCUAUCGACGAACAAAUGAUUCCUUUCACUGGAAUGUGCCACAUGAAACAAUUUGUUCGUGGCAAGCCUAACCCGGACGCGUUUAAAAAUUUUGUUUGUGCUACUCCCAAAGGCUUGGUAUUGGACUUCGAAAUUUAUCAAGGGAAAAAUACUUCCCUUGAUAACAAAGUUACAAAUUUGGGAGUGGGUCCAUCUUCCGUUGUUAAAUUGAGUGAAACGUUGUUAGAAAGAACACACAUUUACGUGGACAGAUAUUUCACUACCCUACCACUUAUCGAGUACAUGUUAAAUACUAAAAAGAUGUUACUGACUGGCACAAUAAUGAAAUCUAGACUGCCAAAAGCAGCUAACUUAACAUCUGAUACUAUGAUGGCUCGAUUAGGACGUGGUUCCUCCGCACAGGAUGUAAGAUGUGAUGGAAACAUUAACAUUGUACAAUGGUAUUUUAUGAAGUCAGUCAUUUUAGCCUCAUCUUCUCUGCAAAUAGAAGCUUCGGAUGACUGCAGACGUUGGUCAAAGAAAGAUUCAAAAUAUCUACACGUACCUAGGCCGAACAUUGUCAAAAAGUACAAUGAGUGCAUGGGCGGGAUUGAUUUAAUAGAUAGGAUGAUAAGCUACUAUCGAAUAGGAGCAAGAAGUAAGAAAUGGACAGUUAAAUCGAUAUUCCAUCUAUUCGUCCUGGCAAUUGCAAACUCCUGGAUAUUUUAUCGAGAUGAUAGGCAAAAACUUGGGGACAGAAAAAUCAUGAAGUUCCUUGAAUUUAAAGUCGCUGUAGCAGAGCUUUUAUUGAAGAGUGAUAAGUCUGAAAACUAUUCAACAGGCAUUUCAACAUUAGCUACUAGGAGCUCUUCAGGUCCUAGACCAUUAUCCCAAAGCUAUUUUUUACAAAAAAAUAAGCCAAUCGAACACUUUCCGGCAUUAGCCUCCGAUUUGAAGAACUCCAUGAGAUGCAAAAAUCAAGGUUGUAAACAAAAAGCAAAAGUGUUUUGUGAAUUUUGCGAUGUUUUCCUUUGUCUGACAGGGCACAAGAACUGCUUCAAGGAGUUCCACUUGAAAUAA